AUGAUAAAAACGUACCAUGAUAAAUAUCGGAAUAUACUGAAGUCGGCUAAGAGUAGAAUAAAUAUUGAAACUUUUAAAAAAAAAUUAGAAAACUUCCAAAGUGAAGCAAAAAACAGUCUUUUUGAUAUUGCGGCAUGUAAAUGUGUUGUGUUAAGUUUAUGUAAUUGUGAAAAAUCUCGAAAAGUUCCAACUAUUGAGCAGGUAUUUAUUAUAGAUCAAAGAACAACAAGAAAAAUGGUUAUGACUUCAAUUGACAUUUCAACUACUAAAAAGCUCCAAAAAAAAAUAAUAAGAAAAGAGACCGAUGCAAAGCGAAUUGAAAAAAAAAAAUUGUCAGUAGUUAACGAGAUUAAUUUCAAUUCCGAUGAAGUCAGUACCGAAAUUGAUGAUUCCGACGAAGAUUGUAUAGCUGUUUUGAAUACGCUGACGUCAUCUAGUAUAAAAAACUCUCAGAUGAGAUUUAAGUUACCAGCUUUAGCAAUGGCCUGUGAUAGAACUGAAAUAUCGGACAGAUUGCAAGUGCAAUACUUCAGGAUGUUGGUAUUAUUUCAGUUGAUACUAAAAAAAAUGUGA